AAAGAUCAGUGUCAGAACACCACCAGCGAAAGAUCUUUUAUAUUUAAUGAGUGUUUUGAGGACUCGGGUGUUUCUCAGUCAGCCCGGUGUAGAGGUGAUGAUGGCGGCAGCGCGCGGUGUGUUUGCAGGGCCGAUCAAGAGACUUCUCCCCCGGGGUAGUUUUACUCAGACUCGCUCCUGGUGCUCUAAUGGGUCAGUUUCUGAUAAGAAAGAAGUCCGGCUGAAUCGACUUGAGGGUGAAGACAACGGUAUCGUGGAAGUGCUGAUGUGUCGCGAAAGAGCGCGCAACUCUCUGGGACAUGUAUUUGUGGGUCAGAUGAGGGAUCUGGUGUCGUCAUUACAGCAUGAUUCUGCCGUUCGAGUGCUGGUCUUCAGGAGUCUCAUACCUGGAGUCUUCUGUGCAGGUGCUGAUCUGAAGGAAAGGGCUCAGAUGAGUAAUGCAGAGGCUGAGCUGUUUGUUCAUGGCCUACGAUCACUAAUGAAUGACAUUGCUGCGCUGCCCAUGCCAACCAUAGCAGCAGUGGACGGCUUCGCUCUCGGCGGCGGUUUGGAGUUGGCACUGGCAUGUGACCUUCGCACGGCAGCACAUUGUGCACAGAUGGGGCUGAUUGAGACGACGCGAGGAUUACUCCCAGGGGCAGGAGGCAGUCAGAGGUUGCCCCGGACUGUGGGUUUUGCCGUGGCGAAGGAGUUGAUCUUCACAGGUCGUCGUGUUGGAGGUGAACAGGCUGUGAAUCUGGGUUUGGUGAACCGCUCUGUGCCCCAGAACCAGACAGGAGAUGCGGCCCACAGAGAGGCUCUGAGUUUGGCCAGAGAGAUCCUGCCUCAGGCCCCGAUUGCCGUGCGAAUGGCAAAAGUAGCAAUGAAUCGAGGCGCUGAAGUAGACAUCUCUUCAGGAAUGGCUAUCGAAGGAAUGUGUUACGCCAGGCUCAUUCCUACACGGGACAGACAAGAGGGCAUGGCCGCAUUUAUAGAGAAGAGGCCUCCGAGGUACACCGGAGAGUGAACGUCUGAAUGACUCAAACCUGCGUAACACGUUUUAAAUCUAGAGUACAAAUGCCUUGAACAUGCUGUUCUGAGAAGUGGCAGGUUUCAAUUUCCACUGAAAUAUGAGCUUUAUAAAGGUCCAAAAAUAACUCUAGAAUAAAGUUGUUACAAGUUAUUAUUUUUUUCUGGCUAUAUUUGUAUAAGAUUCAUAAAACACUUCAUAUAAAUAUAUACACAUGAAAUUAAAAACAUUUGUAAUUUUGUAGCUGAAAAAAUCCAUUAAAUUUGACUGAUUGUAUUAUUAGUUUAAAA